AUGUAUUCAAUCUUACCUAAUUGUCAUAGAUUUUGGAUUCUACGUGUUGGAGUACUCACAUUAUCUGUGAAUGGAUGUCCAAGAAGGACAAACAAUAAUGUUGAGUCCUUCCACAAAUCAUUACAAUUGAAAUUUUCUGUCUCUCACCCUAACCUAUGGGUAUUUUUGGAACAACUUAGCCAUUUAAGUGAAAAUUACCACAUUGUAGUAGAUCAGCUCUCGAAUGGAUUACAACCAACCAAAAAACUUAGUGUUAAAUUCUUGGCGAAUAGUGCCAGAAUACGUAGAGCCACAGAGGAAUAUGAUUCACAUCUAAUUACAUUGAGGCAGUUUUUAGAACGGUGUUCAUAUUCGAUGGCAGCAUAUGAAAUGCGCCAAAGACAUUGGGCAUUAGGCGUUCAAAAUGUAAGAGAGAUUGAUCAAGUUGAAAAUAAUGAAGAAGUCAAUGAAGAUGAUGCUGUAGAGCAAGAAAAUAUUGUAGCAAGAGAAGUUGAUGAAAUUGGGGAAAUAGAGAAUGAAAAUGAUGCUGUAGAAAUGGAAAAUAUGGAUAAUCAAAGACCAGUCAGAGACCGCCAAGUACAAUUAUAUGAAGUGCCAGAAAUACUAAGUAGUUACUUAUAUUUUUAAUUAUUAAUAUUUAGGUUUUCAUUAUCGUAACCAUAUAUUACAGUGUAAUAAUUACAAUAUAUUACAGGCUAAUAUUACAGUGGCGGAUCUAGGGAAAGGGGGAAGAAAAGGGGGCAUUUUCCCAACAAUCGCCGUAGUUUAAAGUUUCCCUAUGUUUUACACUAUGUUUAGCCAAUUUUGUAGCCUCUUUGUACUUUUCCCCUCUCACCCAAAUAAUUAAGCACUGGAUCCGCCACUGCCAUAUUAUAAACUAUUAAGUAUAUCUAAAUUAUAAGCAAAGUACCUAAAAAUAUAUAGGAACUUAAUAUUUUUGAAUUGGUAGGUAACAUGUCCUAACAUGUCAAUAAUAUUUGUUGAUAUUUCUUUAAAGCAGUUACACUGGUUUUACUGGAAAUUAAUAAAUUAUGUAAAUUAAAUUAGGAAAUUUAUUUAUUUAUAUGAAGAUACAGACGAGAGUCCUAUUUCAUAAUUUUACAAUGUGGGCAGAAUAUACAAACAAUAUUUAAUUUUUAAUAGUUGCAAAUGUACAACGAAGAAAUACGCUGUUUGAUAUUGAAGAUGAUGAGCCAUUAUUUGCUCCUAAUGGCAAGUAUAUUAGUUUUGUUAAUCUCAUGUAAAAAUAUAAUAUGAAUGUAAUACA